AUGGAAAAUCAAACCAUCACAAGAGAAUUCAUCCUUCUGGGAUUUGGAGAUCUCCAGGAAUUUCUGCAGAUUCUGCUCUUCUUCCUGUUCUUCAUCAUUUAUGUCAUGACCAUAUCUGGGAACAUCCUCAUAAUCCUCCUUGUUGUGACUGAUCCACACCUUCACACCUCCAUGUACUUCUUUCUGGGGAAUCUUUCUUUCUUAGAGGUCUGCUACACUUCCACCAUAUGGCCAAGAAUGCUGGCUAGUUUCGUGACUGGGAACAGAGCCGUUCCUGUUCAUGCCUGCAUUACACAAUUUUGGGUCUUUGGGUCUUUGGCAGCAACAGAAUGCUAUCUCUUUUCAGCAAUGUCUUAUGAUCGCUAUGUUGCAAUAUGCAAACCCCUGCAUUACAUGACUAUUAUGAAUAACAAGGUUUGUCUCUUCCUGGUGGCUGCCUCUUGGUUUUGGGGCUUUGUGGAAAACACAGUACUGAUAGUCUUUGUGUUUCAGUUAACUUUCUGUGGCCAUAAUGAAAUAGAGCAUUUCUUUUGUGAUUACACACCAAUCAUACAGCUUUCCUGUACUGACACAUACAAGGCACAGCUCGCAUUAACAGUUCUGGCAUCUGUCUGCACUUUCCCAGCAUUCAUGUUCACCAUAGCAUCAUAUGUUUGCAUCAUUAUGACCAUUCUGAAAAUCCCUUCAAAGACUGGAAGGAAAAAGGCCUUCUCUACUUGCUCUUCUCACCUUGUGGUUGUUUCAGUUUUCUAUGGGACAAUCAUUAUUGUCUAUGUCCUACCCAAAACAGAAAUGCUGAAAGAACUGAACAAAGUAUUCUCUGUUUUCUACACAGUCCUAACACCCCUCAUUAACCCUCUUAUAUACAGCCUGAGAAACAAAGAAGUAAAGAUGGCCUGGAGGAGAACUCUGAGCAAACACAAGACACAGCUAGGUUAG